AUGAGUGCAGCAGCGUCAAUUUGUAUUAAAAUUAUUCAACUUAUUUCCGUUGUGGCAGCGUUAAUCAUUAAAAGAUUAUCUGAUAAACACUCUGAGCGAGUUUAUAUAAGUGGUCAAAAAUUUUCAAGGGAAUGGAGACUCCUAAAUACUAUAUCAUGGACAAAAGAAGCCGAUGAUUUUAGUACGUUCAUAUUCGUGGGAUAUACCUUUAUUACAUCAGUGUUGCUGCUUACAAGAUUUUUUCAAAGCAAUUCAAAAUAUCAUCUCAGCGAAAACAUAUUAUUAGGCUUUGGAUGCUUGUUCUUUAUUGUUGACGGAUUACUGAUAUUUUCUACAGUGGAAAGCCUGCAAAGUGACCUUCUGAUUUAUGCCUAUGUGCUUGGAGGCUUGUCAUUCUUUUGCGCCUUUAUGUUUGCCAUCGAUUUGUUAUAUUGCAAAAAUCUAUUUGAAUUGAAGAGCGUAACGGUUCAAGCUGAUUUCCCUUCUCCGAAGUUAGGCACAGUAAAAAUGCAUGUGGUGGAUGUGUCCAAGGAAUCUUGCUGCCAAGUGAAGGAUAAUGAUCGCAUUAUUUCCCAACCAGCUCCACUGAAUCAGCAGGGAGGUUCAUAUCUACGAACUGAUCUAUAAAACGCAAAAAAAAAGGUGAAACUAACUUUAGCCAAUAUAAAAUAAACUCGUUUACAAAUCCUGAGAAUAGUUUGACCAAUUUUAUUAAAUUUUUUUUCGUUUUUUGUUUUUAA